AUUUCACUUCAAAUAUACAAAUGUUAACAGAUGCUUUGUACUACUGGCAAUGUCGAGAAUGUGCUAGUUUGGAGUUAGAUCCAACAAAAUUCGAAUAUAUGAUUGAAAGUAUUAAUCCUCAAUUAAAAGGUUUUUUUAGAUUUAUGGUAAAUGCAAUUGUUCCAAUGGAAUGCUCAGCCUAUAAUAUUCAAGAAGCCAAGAAAACAAUUGUUGGGUUGUGUUAUCAAAUAGCAGGUUUGUACAACAAAUUUGUGAAUCAAUAUAAAUUAGAAGUUGGUUUAUAUUUAAUGGCAUCAGGAGCAACAUGGGAGGCUAUUAAUACAAUUUCAAGUCUUGAAUACUCAGCAUGUGCUAAAACAAUAGAGGAAUUUCGCAAAAAAAUUUAUAAAGAACAUACAAUUAAAAUAGAAAAUCAUUUUAUGAAUUAUACAAGUUUAUUUCAUGUUUACAAUAUUGAUAAUUAUCAUGCAAUUCAUAAAAAUCGUAGACCCGACACUGUUUCAACUUCAGACGCAAAACAUUUUGCUACUUGCGUAGCAAAACCAGUUCUCAAACAACAUUCUGUACCAAUAAUGUUUAAUGAAAUAUCAAUUCAUAAUUCAGAAAAUGUUGAAUCAUCAAGAAUUUGUUGGUACUUACUUAAACGGUAUACCGGAAUUUUUGAUAUAUCAUAUUCUGAUUAUCGAUCGCUUCAAAUUUUACAAGGUCGUUCAGUUAUUACAGAAUAUGAUCCGAUUGAAACAUUAACAAUUCAUAGUUAUGCUGAUAAUAUAAUAGAACGUAAGGAAGAAUGA